GUUGCUUUUAUGUUGGAAUUUGUGCUCGUCAGUUCUCGCAAAAAAGGAUAACCGAGAAUUUGUGAGGGAGGCGAACAAUGCAGAAGCAUCACCCGACAAAGUUUGGAUGUGGGAUGUGUGAAUGAGAAUGAAAAUGAGGUGUUGUCCGCUGGUAUAUAUAUGUUCGGGCUAUUAGAAGGAUUAUUUACGGUGGAAAAGGGUUCCUUCGGCGAACGUAAUUAAGCAAUAACGAGGUUCUGACCCAACAGCAGGUGGACAUUGGGUGCAGGCCGGCGACGUGGACUUUGGGAAAAAUUUCCGUUCGGUUUUCAUUUCCGGGGGUGAGUGAUUGGGGGUGAUUCGCAUGACACGCGUCCGGCAGCGCCACCAUCGGUACCAUAGGAAAGUGAACAGUUCAAAUUCGACACGUGACUGUGUGGGCUAUGCAUGUCCGCGGAGGUUCACAAUGGCAGAGUCGAAGAAAACCCUCCCUCGGGCCGUUACGGCGAGCCCAUCCCGCAUCCGGAGCAACAUGGAACGUGCAGGUCGUACGGGGCAAGAUGACGUCACGAUGCCUUUGGCAUGCUUGCCGGGCGCUGGUCCUUGGCAUCGUACUCAUGCUGGUCGGCGGCGGAAUGGCCACUGUCGGGUACUACGCCAACAACUUUCCAUCACUGUCCGACGUUAAGAGCAACAGCACUUCGACGAUUCGUGUAAAGAACGAGCAUCGAGGCUUACAUCUGAACAACUUGUCCUACGUCGGACCCAUCAUCAUGGGAGUCGGGGGUUUCAUCGUGGUAGCUUCCUGCGUAAUGACAUUCGAAGCUCGUGACUCGGCUGCCAAAGUGGUUCCGGCCCGCUUCAAGCUGAGUGGCAACACCCGGAACGCCAGCCGCAGCAACGCAUCCCGCAGGUCCACGACGGCAACAAAUGGACCCGCCUCGGGCGUGACGCAAUCUGCACGCUGGGAGCAACAUUUGGGAGUGUUUCGAACGUCCCCGGCUGUGGAACAGGUUCCGGAUCGAAAAGCGCUGACGGCAGCGUUGGUUCACUUUUCCCGAGCGCUGGGGACUCCCAAAGCCACCCAUCAGUCGCCGCAUGAAAGUCGACGAGUUUCUCGCAGUGGUUCCGAGCCAAAUUUAUCCGACGACAAGUUGACCGUUCCAUCAGUUUCCGGUUCACCGGCUGGGGUGCGCUCGGCUGUGAAACAUCACCGUGGAUCACGUGUCAGCAGCAUGGUCCAUCGAUCGACGCGGGAAACGAACAGCAGCCUGUUGCAUCCAGCGAUGCUUCACUACCAUCGACAAGCACUGUCGGUCGACGAACCGGAACCGUUUCCAAAACAUUUGAACCAAACCCGAUCACACGGUUCGAUGCACUAUGGCCAUCCGACUGACAUGCCAAUAGUGCACAAAAUGCGUGACCGAACGAAGCGCUCGGACACGGCCCGGAAGCACGUUCUAUCCCGGCAGACGAAGAUAGAAAAGGACGAACCGGCCAGCCCGAAGCAUAAUCCGCUCGCCAACAGCCGACGCUCGUCGACCAUUUCGAAUGCCUCAUCCAAGCUGAACAAGAGCAGCAGUAGACGUGCCUCAACUAUUUCCAAAACGCCUAGUAUGGACUCGAGGGGAGCGGCCUCGACGGUGGAAGUCAACAGCCCGGAGCGGUCAUUGCUGGCGAUGACACCGCGAAAGGCGAACGCAAUGGCGCAGAUGUCCACCCCGUCGGUGGAGAAGGAGUGUCGGAGUCAACUAUCGAUAUGCUCCGAACCGGCGAUUGCUCCUCGCAAUCUGUCCUGUCAAUCGAGCUUAGAACCGUGCGAGGAGAAUAGUCCGGAGCAGGAGGAACAAUCGCAAUGUGCAGGGAAAUCUCCCACCCGUCAUGGUCAUCAACCGCCUAUUAGCAAUGCCUCAACGAAUAAAUCCCCCCUUCCCGAGACAGAGGGGCCAAAAUCUGCACAGCUAAUUCGACCGGACUCGUUAGUUCUAGUGGGCAGGACAUCGACCACUGACGACGGUCAUCUACCGAACGAGAAGGCCAAUCGGUUCCUCUAUCGGAGCAAUUCUACGAAAAGCUUCCGUAAACCGAAACCAAAAAUCAAAAGCAAAAAACUAAGCAACGAAUUUGAUCAGAUAUACGUGAUUAGCAGCAGCAGUGGCGGUGGACCCGAGCACGGAAGCCCUUCGGCAACGGUGGCUCUCGCUGGCUCGGGCACCGGAAGUAAUCGUUAUCCUAAUUUCCAUCAUGCACGUGAUGAUGACUACUACGACUCGAUUGAGGUUAUACACGAGCGACGAAGUAAGAACUUUAGUAAAUUCAACAGUGUGUGUGGGGAUGAGUCAAAGCAGACACAGGAUCAGGAUAGUGGACUGGGCCAGGAGGUCCCUUCCUGUCGACAGGAAGGUGAUGAUUUCUGCCUGGUUGGGGAGAGCUUAGGUUCGAACAAAUUUAGCGUGGUGGCCGACAUUUCAUCUGCCAUGACCAAUCUAUUGCAAGCUAGUCCGGAAAAGCUCCCACAGAAGGCAACUACGAAAACGAUUGCCGUUGAUUGUGGUCUACAGGGGGUUGAAGGAGGAAAACAAGGUGGCUCAACCGAUGCCGACGACGAUGAUGAUGAUGAAGAUGGUGAUGGAAAACAAAGCACGGAUCACAAUAGCUCCAUUCAACGGUAUGACACGGUUAUCUAUAAUGCAGGUGCCAGCAGUGUCGAAAGUGAAGAAACUGUGCCGACGCACCUGGGCGGCGUUGAUGAUGGUGAGCGAAAGGGUGUCAGCAGUGAGGGCAGUUGUGAUGACGUGGGGGUGGGUGGCUCGGGAGCACGUGAUAAGGCAUAUUGUGGCGACGGCAAACAGGAUAGCGCUAUGGAAGAAAUGGAUACACCUGACUCGGUUGUAGAUGAUGGUAAUAACAUUGCUGUUGAGAUGUAAAUGUGUGCAUGAAAGAGUGAAUGAGUUGAUAACCGCAGGACAAGGGUUGAU